AUGGAUCAUCAUGACUGGCAGAGAGGAAGAAGUCGAGGUCACCGACACUACGAUGAUGAUGAUGAGGCCCAGCCGGUCUACAUCGGUGUUCCCGUUUCCCACAGACGGAAAAGGCGCAGGCAUCACUCGUACGCCAGUGACGCCGACCAUGCCGCGCGGCACACACACUAUGAUCACCACACGCAUCGUGAACACUCACACCGGGCGUAUUAUCACGAGAGAGAGGAGCACUACGACGAGGACGAGGGGACCGCUGAGCGUCAGGAGCACACGGACCCCACAGUGUCCCCGGCAGCAGAGCGGCUGCGACACAUCCUGGGGGAGGAUGACAGCACCCCAACACCCACCAUAUUCACUGAGAUGGACACUCUGCAGCACGAGGGGGGUGAAUUAGAGUGGAAAGAAUCUGCGAGGUGGGUGAAGUUUGAGGAGAAGGUGGAGGAGGGAGGAGAAAGAUGGAGCAAGCCUCAUGUCUCCACGCUGACCCUCCACAGCCUGUUUGAGCUCAGGACCUGUCUGCAGACAGGAAGCAUUCUGCUCGACCUGGAAGGCUACUCGCUGCCUCAGAUAGUAGAUGAGAUCGUGGAGCGGCAGAUCGCUGACAAUCUCAUCCCUCCGGACCUGAAGGAGAAGAUCAGCUUUGUGUUGCUCAGGAAGCACCGUCACCAGACCAAGAAACCAAUCCACCGUUCGCUGGCAGACAUGGGAAAGUCCUCCAACACCGCUGCCAGCCGUAGUCCUCAGGUUAAUCUGAGUCGUAGUACUAGUUCAGCUUCUGGGAUCCACCGCUCCACAGAAGACCUACGCUCUCGGCAGUCAAGCAGCCUUGGCCGCCUGCAUCAUGCCCAGAGCCGAAGCAUGAAUGACAUUUCAGACACACCGAGCACUGACCAGCUGAAGAAUAAGUUCAUGAAGAAGAUUCCUCGUGAUGCCGAAGCAUCCAACGUCCUGAUUGGUGAGGUGGAUUUUCUGGACAAGCCCUUCGUCUCCUUUGUACGUUUGGCUCAAGCCACAACUCUGGGAGGCCUCACCGAGGUCCCUGUGCCGACCAGGUUUCUCUUCAUCUUGCUGGGACCUCAUGGCAAAACCAAGUCCUACAAUGAGAUUGGCAGAGCUAUUGCUACACUCAUGGUGGAUGAUCUGUUCAGUGAUGUUGCCUACAAAGCGAGGGACCGUGAAGACCUGAUAGCAGGUGUUGAUGAGUUUCUGGAUGAGGUGAUCGUCCUCCCUCCAGGCGAGUGGGACCCAAAGAUACGCAUCGAACCUCCCAAGAAGGUUCCAUCGGCUGAAAUGAGGAAGUCAGUGCUGAACCUGAAUGAGCUGGGUCAGAUGAAUGGCUCAGCAGGUGGAGCAGCCGGAGGAGAGGAUGAAGAGCUUCCAGCUCCACAUGAGCUCGGAGAGGAGCUGAAAUUCACCGGGAGGGUUGGCGGUGGAUUAUGGCUGGACAUUAAAAGGAAGAUUCCAUGGUAUUGUAGUGAUAUCUACGAUGGCUUCCAUAUCCAGUCCAUCUCUGCUGUGCUCUUCAUCUACCUGGGCUGCAUCACAAAUGCCAUCACCUUUGGAGGACUGCUGGGGGAUGCUACCGACAAUUACCAGGGUGUGAUGGAGAGCUUUCUCGGCACUGCUUUAGCGGGAACUGUCUUCUGUUUGUUUGGUGGACAACCCCUCAUCAUCCUCAGUUCUACUGGGCCCAUUCUCAUCUUUGAGAAACUGCUUUAUGAAUUCUGCAAGGGCAACGAUGUGGACUACAUGGAGCUGCGUCUGUGGAUCGGCCUCCACUCGUGUCUGCAGUGUUUUCUGCUGGUGCUCUCAGACGCCAGCUACAUCAUCAAGUACAUGACCCGCUUCACAGAGGAGGGCUUCUCCAGCCUCAUCUCCUUCAUAUUCAUCUCGGACGCCAUUAAGAAGAUGGUAGGAUCCUUCAAAUAUUACCCAAUUAACCGUGGCUUCAAACCUGACUACAUAACAGCCUAUAAAUGUGAAUGCAUUGCUCCAGACCAGGCAUCUGUGCUGGGUUUGAAUGUUUCAGCUCCGCUCUCAGACGAUAACAUGACUCUGCUGUUUAAUUUGACAGACCUGGACUGGAGUCAGCUGAGUAAGAAAGAGUGUGUGAAGUAUGGUGGUACGCUGGUGGGGAACUCCUGUAAGUAUGUUCCUGACCUGGCCCUCAUGUCCUUCAUCCUCUUCUUUGGAACCUAUUCCAUGACUGUUUCUCUUAAGAAGUUCAAGUUCAGCCGCUACUUCCCGACGAAGCUCCGUUCCCUGAUCAGUGAUUUUGCCAUCAUCCUUUCUAUCCUGGCCUUCUGUGGGUUGGACUGCCUGCUGGACCUGGACACCCCCAAACUGCACGUGCCCACUGAGAUCAAGCCGACGCGUGUUGACCGCGGCUGGCUGGUGAUGCCGUUCGGUAAGAACCCCUGGUGGUGGUAUCUGGCCAGCUUCGUCCCCGCUCUGCUCGUCACCAUCCUCAUCUUCAUGGACCAGCAGAUCAGCGCCGUCAUCGUCAACCGCAAGGAAAACAAACUGAAGAAAGGUUGUGGCUACCACUUGGACCUGUUCUGGGUCGGCAUACUGAUGGCCGCGUGCUCCUUCAUGGGCCUGCCCUGGUACGUAGCAGCCACCGUCAUCUCCAUCGCCCACAUCGACUCUCUGAAGAUGGAGAGCGAGUCCAGCGCCCCUGGAGAGCAGCCGCAGUUCCUGGGAGUCAGGGAGCAGAGGUUGACAGGCACGCUGGUCUUUGUGCUGACCGGACUGUCCAUCUUCCUCGCUCCUGUCCUUCAGUACAUCCCUAUGCCAGUCCUGUACGGAGUGUUCCUCUACAUGGGCGUGGCCUCGCUGAGUGGUAUCCAGUUCUGGGAGCGUAUCAAGCUGUACCUCAUGCCCGCCAAGCACCAGCCGGACUUCUCCUUCCUGCGCCACGUUCCUCUGAGACGCGUCCAUCUUUUCACCCUCGUCCAGAUCAUCUGUCUGGCCGUCCUCUGGAUCCUCAAGUCCACAUUCCUGGCCAUCAUCUUCCCAGUAAUGAUCCUGGGUCUGAUGGUUGUGCGGAAGCUGAUGGACGUGAUGUUCUCACAACACGACUUGGCCUGGCUGGACGACAUCCUGCCGGACAAAGACAAGAAGAAGAAGGAGGAUGAGAAGAGGAAGAUGAAAGAGAAGAAGACGGCGGAGCCAGAGAGCGACGAGGAGGAGGUGAACCCUUACUCGACAGUCACAUCUGAUCAAAAUGAACUAGACCGCAGCAUUACUCUGCACCUGAAGAUCUCCUGCCCCCCCUCACCUGUCCACUCCCAGACGAGCCUCACCCUCGGGGACCCUCCAUCACACCUGCCGCCUCGCCAGUCCGUGCCCCAGGUCAGCAUCCAGGUGGAGUCAGACUGCGAGGAGCCUGGCCUCUACUCCACACAGCGGAGCAGCCUUCACCCCCAUCGUGAGCCACCCCCACCUGAAACACACAGAGACUUUUACAGAAAACUGCAUGCACACUUUGGAGACUCCUGUGCUGAGACCAUUCUGUAA